CCGCACAGCCACAAACGAAUCUACAGCAGAGAGAGGCAAGCAAGCGCGGUGCGCUGUCGUGUAGGGCCUGGUAAUCGGAAGCGAGCGAACUGCACGCUUCUAUUGUUCCUGCGCUGCUCUUAGCGUUCGGUGCGUCGGCAUUCGAUCACGACAGAGCUGCACAGCACUGCUUUGAGCGCAGCGGCUACUACGAGUACGCGACGAUGCACGCAGCAGGAGGCCUAGUCGCGUUUGUGGCACUAGCCAUUGCGACGUGCAGCUGUGAACCGCUACGCAAGGGAGUCAACUCGGUGGAAGAAUACGAAAGCUGCGAGUCGCACUGCGAGCUGACCUACCCUGCGCACACCUACCCAAAGCCCGAGCAUCUGGACGCUUGCAAGAAAGGAUGUCGCAACUUCGUCGAAGCCGGCUUCCACGCCGUGACCCACGACAUGAACGCUACGCACGCUGCCUGCUUCAACGCCUGCACGGAGGCCUAUCCGAGCCAGCCUAGCUACUAUGCGUGCACCGAAGGAUGCGAUGAGCAGUUCAGGCACGUUAGCAAAAUGUCGGAGCACAAGAAGUCGUCCCACCUGCACCCGCUCAAGCUGCUCAUGCUGGUGCAGAAGAUGUACGAGACGGUGGUGGACCACGUGUGUCGCAUUAUCCGACGCACAUUCUAUGCCGUCUACGUGCAGAAGGACACUGGCCACCUGGUUGUAGUGCGUGGAGAGCUCACACCCAUCCGUAUCCUCGACCCCCAUGCUGGUGAGCCUGCGGAAGACAAGCCAGCCAAGCCAGCGUCGUCCACCAAGUCGGAGCAAGAGGCAGCUGCCGCCGAGACGUCGUCGACGGUGUCUGCAGCGGCCAGCUCCUCUUCUAGCUGGCUGGACUGCAUCUCUCGCCAGUCGGGCAUCCCCGAGUGGCUGCUCAUGAUGGUCCUGUUCCUCGUUGUGGUCACCAUGGUGUGGCUGUGCUGUGCCACCAUGGUAUCCUCUCCCAGCAGCAGCGUGACGUCAUCCACCUCGCCGCCACCUGCCUACUCGCACCACAAAAUGGGCGUCAGCGGAGACCUCGACUACCUGCUCAUCUACGACCCAUCCGAGCAGGUGAAGAUCCAGCCUCCUGUCGACCAGGAGGCACCACCGCUGCCAGUUAAGGUCCCGCUGAGCCAGAUCUAAGCCGAGCCAAGCCGAGGCCAAGCAAGCACCGCCACCAUUGCAGUUGCCGCCUCCUCACACACCUCACUUUUUCUUUCGUAUCUCUCUACUCACUUUCUUUUUUUUUAAUUCUGUAUCUCUGUUGCAUUGUCACGGACAGCAUUAGUCGAUGGACGUGUGUUUGGCCCUGUCGUCUGUGGACAGUGUUUGCGGAUUGAGUUGUUUUGGUUGUUCUACAGCUUGUUGGGCUCUUGAUAGCCACAUGUGAGAUGGGAGACAAGUGUGUUGUCACCUUUGUAGGAAAGUGCAAUGGCGUUUGCCUCCGUGCUUUUCUGCUGAUGAGUGAGAUUGUCGGUAGAGGCAGUGCUGUCUUUCUUUUUUCCUCUCUCUUUCUAGUGUAACGUUUUGUAUAAUCAUAUGCUUUCUAUUUACUUGAAUUUCUAGGUUCGACAACCGUGAAGGUGUAAAUGGAUGCCGUAGUGCAACAGAAGCAGUUUUAAAUAUUCCGCUGUAUCUCUGUUAGGGAUUUUCUCGUAGGGACUUUCUCUAGCAACUUAUCAUGGUUUUGCUCCAGCUCUUCUGCGUUGUUAAAUUUUCUGCGAGUUUAUGUAGGAUUCGCUCUUAUAUGCAACGGUAAAGCUAAGAUCCGCUUUACUGUCUACCGAAAGCCUUUUCUGUUUGCCUCUAAUUUGGAAAGUGCUGAUAUAAUUGAAACUUGUAUAGCUUAGCUUUAAAAAGAGUUGAGGCACAUGUUCGGAACAUCGGCUUACUUCACCAUAUACAUACACCUUCUAAACUUGCUAUAUUACAUGCUUCAUCAUAACUUGCUGUUUGCUUGCCUUUCAAACGUUUCUGCAAUUAAGAUUUUAUUAAAUGUUCUGCUGUGCCAUGAAUGUUUCCUUUGGCCAGUUGUGGCCUCUUAAGUGAAAAGAAAGAGGGGGGUGGUGUUGUUUUGGUUGUGUUGUUUUAAUUGCUCUGAUUAGAGCCUUAUAGUAUUUUACAUUUGUUAGAACUUUUACCUAAAACACUUCUCUAACACUGCUGAGAUUGGUGUGUAUCUUAAAUGCAAAAAGUAAGCAGCUUGUAUUCCUUUUUCUUUUUUUUUUUUUUGAUGUUUUGUCCCUUCCAAUCUACAUGCUGUUCUUGCUUUGUGUACUUUGCGUGUACAACGCAGGAUGGCUUUAUCGGAAAGCACAGAAAGAAAACCAAAAAUGGUCAGCCAUUUCAACAUGGAGACAUUGUGGAAGCUUACGAACUUUAGCUUAGUCUAUCGGCUCCUGGUCUUUUUGUCUAAGGCUCUGAAGUUACUUUUGAGCUUGCAUCCACAAGCUCCUGAUUUGAAUGUGUAGUGCUGUUUUUUUUUGUAGGCUGUUUUAGGAUGGUGCUUUGAUAUGGAACAGAACUCCUGAAGUGCGUGACUGUUUGUCUCCUGAAGCAGCCUGCAUUUUGUGCACAGCACCUAUGUCUGAAUUACUGGGUGCACGGCCAUGCUUGCAAAUUGCUCACUUUGCAAGCUGAAGCAGGCUGCAAGUGAUUUUUGUGAGUGAACUUUUUUUGCGUGCUGAACGUAUGCUCUGCGAAAACCCCGUCACUGAGGUUCAGCAUGACGGGCUGAUCACCGGUCUCAAAGACCGUCACUACACGAUCCACCUGAGGUAAAAGAAAGGACGAAAUUGCUUUCAUUCAUAUGUGCAAUAGGAUGUCGGCAGUGAGUGCUUUUUCCGAAAUGCGGAGGGCAGUCUAAUGUUGCUUCGAAUGCUGCUUGCAUUGCUUGCCUCACUGACAAAAUUGGGUUCUUCUCAUAGUGUAUCAUUCAACAUGAGGGGCUUCCUGUGCCCCCUAUGAGCUAUUUGCACACUUCUGAGCUCUCUUUCCCAAAUGAUAACUUCGCUCAUCUAGUCGUUGAAAAUUUUUUUGGUUUAAGAAGCAGAAUAAAAGGAAAGCUGUGGCCUCGCAAUACAGCGUGCACCUGCUCCUACGUCCUGUUGCGUUCAGCAGGCCUUUUCCCACUCGAAUGUUUUGAGCAAUUGUAGGUACCCACGUUGUGAUAUAUAUAUAUACACGUAUAGCAUUGUUACAUGCCUGGUUACACAUAUGCUGUGUGUUGUUCCCGCUCACAUUUUUGGAGAAGCUUGAUGACAACGCUGCUUCUCCUGUGUUCGUGUCUGCAUUAUCUUGUCUUUUUUUUCGUCAAUCUUGCACCAUUGUGGGACCUGGGCACAUGUAAAAGCGGAGGGCAAGGGUUUAUUGCACAUCACAUAAAGUAAAGCGUGUUCUGCACCCGAAAACAUGCACACUGUCGCAUGAAGUUAGAGAAUUUUUCACCUAGUCCAUCCAAGGUAUUGUGUGGGAAAGCAUUGUUGGUGUCUCUGAGGUGGAUUCACGUGAUGGACCAAGUGUGUGGGCAUAUCAGUGAUGUCGUCAAGACAAACCUGUAGUCUGCUGUCGGUUACGGAGUACUCUCCAUGCACGUAUAAUAGUAGUACUCUAAUACGGUGAGUGCUAAUGCGGAGUGUUUAGUGAUGGAGCCUCUGUAACUAAACAUCUCCGUAAGAAAGAUGCCUGAGAGUUCAGUGUACCAUUUGCAGCAGGCCAAAUCAGUGGUAGCCAGCAAGCUAAGAGUACACCAGUAGUAGUCAAACUGUGUUCAUGCUGUGCUAUUCAAUGUAACUAUGCUGUGUUCCACAUCAAAAGUUUGAUGAGGAAUAUUUCCGCAUCUUUGAAAGCCCAUGGUGACAGUUUCCAACCAGUUCAGUCAUUGGGUGCCUAACCUUUAUACGAUUGUUUCGUUAUGUGAAUCCACCUUUAGAUGUUGGAACACCGCACGUACAUGCAAACACACACACAUGCAAGCUCUCAUGCUGUUGCUUCAGUUAUGGAUGCACAGCACUGUUUACGCACGGGAUGGUUUCAAAAUUGGAAUGCUUCAGUUGCACGCAGUGUUGUUGGCUGCGUCAAUCUUCUGAUGCCCCAUUGCUAAUUGUUGGAAACUGCCGUCCCUGUGUCGCUUGCAAUUGGCUGGAAAUUUUUCUGUAAGUUGCUGUGUUACGUCAGUAGUGGCUGCCCAGUCCUUUUUACUUUAAAGCCAGUUGUCUUUCCACGCAAGAGCUCGUGUGCGUCGCGAGAACAUUUAGCCAUUGAUUCUGUAUAGUCGAGUAUUUUCUUGUUGAAGUACAAUCCUUAUUAAAGGGACUGUUUGUUUUACUCCUGCUCUUGUGAGCAGCACAUGUAAGCUCAUUGAUUGGUUAAUAAAAUUGGAUUUGGGUAU